AUGGCCUCUAAAGCCACCAAGCCCACCAACGACGAGCUGCUGGCUCAGUUCGACGACUUGGGCAUCGACACCACCCCCAAUCCCUCUACAGCCGUCAACAACAACAACAAUAACACAAAGCCGGAGGCGCAGCAGGAUGACAUCCUUGCCGAGCUCGACAGUCUGGCCACUCAGAGAACAGGUAGCGGGCCUGGAACCCCAGGAACUUCGACGGAGCAUCGAUCAGCGACGCGGUCGCCCAAGCCGAGCGUGACCGCCACUCCAUCGUCCGGCCGGUCGAGUGAAGACAAGCCCGCGGCCGCCCGUAAAUCGGAGGAGAGCGUCCCCCAGGGUAAAAAGAAAUCCGUGGAGUUCCCCCGCGUGCCGGUCUCUGAACAGCCGGCUGCAAGCAGAGAGCAAGAGUUGCAUCAGGAGGCUCAGGGCGGCGGCGGCGGAUGGUGGGGUGGAUUCUUUGCGACGGCGAGCGCGGCCAUGAAGCAGGCCGAGGCGGCUGUCAAGGAGAUCCAGAAGAACGAGGAGGCUCAGAAAUGGGCGCAGCAGGUGAAAGGCAAUGUGGGGGCUUUACGAGAGCUAGUUUAUGCUAACAUCUUAGGUGGUGAGCUUCGAAGCAUGGCAAUCCCAACUUUCACCUCUCUCAUCCACACGCUUGCACCCCCGAUCUCAUCUCAUGAACGGCUACAGAUCCACGUCACGCACGAUCUGUCCGGCUACCCCAGCGUCGACCCAUUGAUCUACGCCGUGUUUUCACGUGUGAUGUCGCAGGUAGAAGGGGGCGAUCUCCUGGUUAUCCAACAGGGACAGGAAUCUGCUCCCAAGGGUCACCACCAGGCUUCUUCUCCUGCCGGCUGGCGGGACGGACCCUGGUGGCGGACGGUGACGCCCGGGAACCCACGCACCAUCUCCGCCGUACGAGGGACCGUUGAGGCGACGAAGCUUGCGCGGGCGAGCGCCGAGUCGUACGCCUCGGAGUACUUUGCUUCGCGGGGCGGGGUGGAGGAAGCCGCCAAGCAAGCGUCGCAGGUUCUAAGCGAGUCAAACCCCGUCCGCAACAGCGACAUCUUCCUCGCCAUCCAGGCCGUCACCCAGGCCGCCUCUACAGAGCUAUUCCAGGCUGGACCGACGGCGGACAACAACAAAGCAGCGGCCGGGGUGGUCGAGGUGGCGGACAAGACCGAGGACGAGGUCGCGUUUGCUCUGUACCUCCACGAUCCGAUCCACGGGAUCGCCUUCCACACCCUUUCGCAGACCUUGCCGCAGCGAUGGAUCGACUGGCUGGAUGCUCCUGCGCCGGCCGCCACCGAGUCAGAAGAGGACGACGACGCUUGGGUACCGCGUACGGUGGUGCCCGAGGCGAUCGCGGAGAUCAUCGAGAGCGGCGGCGUGGACCCGCGCGAAUGGGUUGCAGAGUGGAUCGAGGAGUCGCUGUCACUGGCGAUCGGGGUGAUUGCGCAGCGGUACGUGGCUCGACGGAUGGGGGUGGGCGAGGGAGGGUUCGGCAAGGGUAAAAUGCGGGCUGAGAAGGCGACGGUGUUGGAGAGCGGUGCAGGCGAGGCUGCCAGGGCGAUUUAA